AAGCCACACAUUGCUGUCAGGAGGACAGCCUUUAUGUUUCAUGUUGCUCUCACUGUGCUGGCUGCUGUUUGUUUUUCAGAUACAAAGAUAACCGCUACAACAAGAGAAUUAGCCACAACAACUAACAAAGUCAAGACAAUAAAAGUGGCAACUUCAGUAAAAACAAAACCAUGUAAAUCUGUUGCGUCAAGGAGGAACAUUUGGCCAACAACAGUGACAACAAAUCCAUUGACAAACAUGAAUCCAACAAAACAGCCAGAUUCAAGUUCUGCAACUACUUCCAAAGAAAUUACUAGGCCAACAAACCAGACAGAAACAUCUAAACCAAAAACUGAAACACCAACAAAACCUGCAGGACAAACACCUGGGAUCUCCACAAACAAUCCAACCACAGCCACCAUGAGAUCAUCACUUCCGUCCUUCUUCAUUGUCCAAACUGGAGACGACGUUACUUUGCCCACCGGAAACAGAUUCAACCAGGAAAACUGUGGAGGUUCCAUCUGGAUCUUCGCUGAUCCUGAAACCAGGGAACCAGUGGUGCUGGUGGACAGUGGACAGUUAACGGACAUUGCAGAAACUAAACUGAACAGACUGUUAGUGGCUGCCGACUGUUCCCUGGUUAUAAAGAACGUCUCCGUUCAUGAUGUCGGCUCUUACACCAGCAGGACUUUCGUCCUAGAUCAACUCCAAGGACCAGACUUCCAAAUUUAUGUUUUUAUCAUAAACUUAAGUGAACAGAAGGAAGAUGACAGAGUCACUCUGUUCUGCUCCAUGUUGGAAUUUGCACACUGUAUUCACUCAGUAAGGUGGAUGUUUGAGGGGGAAGAGGAAGUGACAUCAGAGGUAGAGAUAUCAACAGGUUCCUGCUCCUCCAACGUGACUUUUACUACAACCGACCCUGAACAGAAGUCAGCACUUUACAGGUCACUGAAGUGUGAAGUGAUGAAUCCGUACACAGACGAAGUUCGGCGGUUUGUGUUCAGGCCUCAGGCCUCUGGGGAAAAAUCAGACUUUGCAUAUUUGAUGAGAUGCAUCAUUGUAUCCAUCGGUUUGGCAGCUCUCAUAAUUUCUGUCGUUCGAGUCGAAAUCUGGACAAAAACUAAAGGUCAGACAGUUUCCCAAACUGUAAUCCUCAAACUAGAGGAGAUUCCAGGAAGAGAGGAGUGCAGUCAUAAACCAGCUAACCAACAGCUCACCUACUGA